UCUGUUAUGUCGAUUAUGUCUAUGAUACUAUGAUAAAAUUGCUGUCGCAUUAUUAUGUCGUGUAAUGUAUAAUACUGGGUUUUUUUAGUUUCUAUUGAUGUUCGGUACAUCGCUAGUUCACAAAAUUAUUCAAAAGACGUUUUCUGCAUUUUAGUAACUGUUUUGUAGAGAAUGGAUAAAGUUAAUUGAAAGUAAUAUGUCUAAAUUAAACAAUAAUUGCGGAAGUCGAAGUGUAUCAUCUGCAAGUUGCAGUAGUGUGCUGUCUGAUUUAGACGAUACGAUAUUAAAUGGAGGAGAAGAAGACUCAAUUGUAAGUAGAUGUGGAAGACCGGUAUCAUCUACUCGAUCUCAAAGGGCCAAGCGAAUUCGAUUUUAUCAUAACGGCAAUAAGUACUUCUCCGGAGUUGUAAUACCUGUAGCUACAGAGCGUUAUAGAUCUUUUGAAAGCCUUAUAAACGAUUUAACAAACAUUUUGAUGAAGUAUGUAACUUUACCUUGCGGUGUUCGAGCUAUUUAUUCUACAAACGGUGAAAAAGUUUCUUCCUUGGAGGAUCUAGAAGACGGCAAAGAUUAUAUUUGUUGUGGACAAGGGGAAACAUUUAAACGAAUAGAAUAUAAUAAUGGUAGUAGAAAAGACUUGGGUAGAGUUAAAAGGCUAUCAAACACAAGGUUUAGUUCAAAUACAAAUUCAAAUUUGGUACCUAAAAUAGUAGCACCAGAUUGUGUUAGACCUAGAAUCAUUACAAUCAUUAGAAACGGACUUAAACCAAGGAAAGUAAUCAGGUUAUUGCUUAAUAAGCGUAAUGCAUCCAGCAUGGAUCAAACGCUGAGUGCUUUGACAGAGGCUUCUCAAUUAGAUUCUGGUGCUGUGAGGAAGGUUUUUACAUUAAGUGGAAAGAUGGUGAGUAGGUUGGAACAGUUUUUUGAGGAAGAGGACAUUUUCUUUGUGUAUGGUAAUGAAAGAUACUCUCAAGAUAAUUUCGAACUGGAUUCUGAAGAGAGCAAAAUAAUUCAAAAAUUGAAUAAAACAGCUAAUUAUAAAAAUGGAAUAGGAAGAAAACCAGGUUUACCGAAGAAACAGCUCAACAGAACAUAUGAUUCUGAAGAUAACCCCUUUCUGCAGAGCAACAAAGAUGUUAAUUCAGAACUUCCCCUCUCAAUAAAAGAUAAAUAUUCAGUUGGACGAAUAAUCGGAGAUGGAAACUUUGCUGUAGUUAGGCAGUGCUUUAAUAAGGAAACAAACAAAAUAUAUGCCUUAAAAAUAAUAGAUAAAUCAAAAUGUAGGGGGAAGGAGGAUAUGAUAGACAACGAAGUUAAAAUAAUGAAAAGGCUAAAUCAUCCAAAUAUAAUGAGUCUCAUUUCGGACGAAGAUACUAAGACUAUGUUGUAUUUAAUAUGUGAGUUUGUUGACGGCGGAGACCUGUUUGAUGCCAUCACAGAACAACAAAAAUUUUCAGAAGAUCAAGCUGCUUUAAUGAUUCAACAUUUGGCGUCGGCACUCGCCUACUUGCACAAUCUUAAUAUAGUUCAUAGAGACGUUAAACCGGAGAACUUGCUGGUAAGAAAAGAAAAAGGAAAAAUCGAAUUAUUAAAAUUGGGUGACUUCGGUCUUGCAUGCCAAGUUACAGGACUGCUGUAUACCGUUUGCGGAACUCCCACUUACGUGGCACCGGAAAUUUUAGCCGAAACCGGAUACGGUCUUAAGAUUGACAUCUGGGCAGCAGGUGUAAUAUUGUACGUUUUACUGUGCGGUUAUCCGCCCUUCGUAAGUGAAGACAACGAUCAGGAGAAGCUAUUCGAUUGCAUUCUUUGCGGUCAGUACGACUUUCCUGAAGAAUACUGGCAUAAUGUUUCGAUCAUGGUAAAGGAGCUGAUCAGCAACAUGUUACAAUUAGACCAAGAGUUACGCUUUUCUGCAGAAGACGUAUUAGAUCAUCCAUGGCUUCAAUCCAAACGAGAUAACGAUAACGACCACGACGUCGAUGGUGAUGACAGCUGCGUUGUCGUUGAUAAUUUACAAAAGUGAUUAAGGUCAGUCCUUAAAUUCACACGAGUCUCUCUAUGCACUUGUCAAUUUUUGGAAUAAACCAUAAGUAACAAAAGAUGACACGAUGGUAACGUUGCUAUGAUGUUCGUUCAAUUAAUUUAUUUAUUUUGACUAAAAUUGCUGCUAAACGUCGUCUUUUACAUCUUCAUAUUGUAUUGUAGCACCUUAAAGUAUGUAUACAAAAAAAGGUUAAUUUUUUCUUUUUUAAUUUUCGAUAAUUCCCUUUAUUUUAAAAUAAGAAGACGGAACUGAGUCGUUCCACUUCGAAGCAUAAUUGUAUUCGAAAUUGUUACCCAUGGCAAAAAGAAGCAUUUGUUUUAUAUUACUCAACAAGUUAAAACUGCAGCAGUGUGAAUGGGGAAAAAAUACAUUUCUUUGUCAGUAUUAUUUCUGUAAUCGCCAAGUACGAUUGGCUUCGUAAAUUUAUCAUUAAUCAAUAAUAGAAUUGUAAUUUUCAGUAGGUAUACUUGUAAUAGAAACAGUAAUAUUUUUUAUAACGUUAUGCUUUGUAACAGCUUUUGAUCAAAUAAGGAAUUAAUUUAAUAAAUCGGUCAGCUUGUGAAACUGA